GGGAGAGAGACGAAUCAAAAUAAAAAAUACAGUGGCAUUAUUAUUGUUACUGUUGUUGCAAACAGUUGCAAAAGAAAGUACUCCUCAUGUUGUACAAUUAUACUGUCGCGUGCUUGUGUAUGUGUUGUUUUUUAAUUUAAUUAAUUUUUUAUAUGGUGAUCGCGUCUUCAGACUGUUUAGAGAGGAUGCAUAAUAAUUUGCCUGGUUUUAUAAUAUUCGUGUAUACAUAACCAAAAAAAACAUUGUCAAUUUGUUAACAAUCUUUGUCUAAUUGUUUACAUCAAUUUGAGUGUUUUACAUCAUCAAUAAAUGUGUGCUAAUUUACUUGUAACAUUGGAUAUUGUUUAACAAUCUUAAAUAUAAUUUACGAAAGAAGGAAAUUUGUUUGCAGUUAUUUAAAAUCUUGUCAGAUUUUAUUUUUUCAAGGAUAAGAUUGGUCUCGAAUGGAUAUUCGAGUGAAACGUGGACCCCAGGGGGUAGAAAUAAAUAUUGUUAUUGCUGAAGAAGAGGACUAUGACGCUGCCGGUAUCAAGUUAUGAGGCACUUCUUGUUCAAGUACGCGAACUUACUAAUGAGACCAUUCUACUUCAACAACAAUUAUCAUCUGAUCUUUUUGAUAAUAUUGAUCGUUCAAGUGGUGUCAAUUGUCAUUCAAUAAAACAACAAAUUAAUACUGACAAAUUAUUGACGGGCAAUGUGAGACAUCAAAUUGAUAGAAGCCGAGUCUCUGAUACUGGACAAUCAACAUUUAACGAUAGAAACUCAACAAAUUAUCAAUCUGGAUUUUUGGAAACAGUACCAGAAAGCCUUGAUCCAAGUGAAUUAACAGAAAAAUUAUUAACUUGGCGUGACAUUCAACAAAAGUCAUUGAAUAAACAGGAGGAAUCGCAGUUGCGUCUCGAAAAACAGCAUAAAAAACAUCAGUUUAACAACACGUUCUAUCCGGACAAGCUGGACUUGCCGGCAACUACGUGUCUUCCUCAAUAUCAUCAACAAUAUCAACAAAAUUCAAUAAACGACAAUACAGAAUUAAAAACUGGCACAAAUUCUUAUCAAUUAUUGUCUAAUGAAAAAUGCAAAUUUAAAGAAAUAAAUUUCAUGGAGGGACAAACUUCAACUUCACUUAAAUCACAGAUUAAAACGAGUGAUGAUUCAAAGAAGAAUUAUCAGGAUGAUGAUUGUAGUAGUGAUGAGGAAAUAAAAAAUGUUAAAAAACAACAUCAACAAUCAACAUCAUCAUUGUCAUCAUGUAGCAAUGGUGGUACAUGGCCAAUUAAAAAAGAUACAUGGAUGGAAAAUCAAAAUGUAUUAUAUUCAAGUAAAACAUCAACAUCAAGUGGUUUAAUAAAUCAUGAUAUGGCAAGUGUUAUGAGUUUUUCAUCAUCAGCAGGUAGUGGAUGUUCUGGUAGUGUUGGAAAUGGUCAUAGACGUCUUGGAGCAAAAGUUGAUGUUGUUUAUAGUUUACUUGGUAUGCUUGGAAGUAAUGAGGGUCGUGAAGAUAUGAGUGGUACAUUAUUAGCAAUGAGUAAUUCAAUUGAUAGUUGUCUUAUAAUGCGUCAAUCUGGUUGUUUGCCAUUAUUAAUACAAUUAAUUCAUGCACGUGGACAAGAUAUAGAAACACGUGAACGUGCAUCACAAGCACUUCAUAAUGUAAUACAUGCAAGAUGUGAUGAAAAAGUUGGUAGACGUGAAGUACGUGUAUUACGUUUACUUGAACAAAUACGUGAUUAUUGUCAAAUGUUAAGAAUAUCAUUGAAUACUGAACGUCCAUUGGAUGAUUUAGAAAGACAUCCUGGACCAACAAUUGCUGCACUUAUGAAAUUAUCAUUUGAUGAAGCACACAGACAUGCAAUGUGUCAACUUGGUGGUCUUCAUGCUGUUGCUGAACUCAUUGAAAUGGAUCAUGCUGCACAUGGUAGUAAUUCAAAUGAUCCAACAUGUAUAACAUUACGUAGAUAUGCUGGUAUGGCAUUGACAAAUUUAACAUUUGGUGAUGGUAAUAAUAAAGCAUUAUUAUGUUCAUUUCUUGAAUUUAUGAAAUCAUUAGUAUUACAAUUACAAAGUAUAAGUGAUGAUUUACGUCAAGUAACAGCAUCUGUAUUACGUAAUUUAUCAUGGCGUGCUGAUAGUGGUUCUAAAAAAACAUUACGUGAAGUUGGUGCUGUUGUUGGAUUAAUGAAAGCAUCAAUGGAAGGUAGUAAAGAAUCAACAUUAAAAUCAAUAUUAUCAGCAUUAUGGAAUCUUUCAGCACAUUGUAGUACAAAUAAAGUUGAUAUUUGUGCUGUUGAUGGUGCAUUAGGUUUUCUUGUUGAUAUGUUAAGUUAUAAUGCACCAUCAAAAACACUUGCUAUUAUUGAAAAUGCUGGUGGUAUAUUACGUAAUGUAUCAAGUCAUAUUGCUGUUAGAGAUGAUUAUCGUAAAAUUGUACGUGAACGUGGAUGUUUACAAGUACUAUUAUCACAAUUAAGAUCACCAAGUUUAACUGUUGUUAGUAAUGCAUGUGGUGCAUUAUGGAAUUUAUCUGCUCGUUGUCCACAUGAUCAACGUUUAUUAUGGGAUCUUGGUGCAGUACCAAUGCUACGUAGUCUUGUACAUUCAAAACAUAAAAUGAUAUCAAUGGGUUCAUCAGCAGCAUUAAAAAAUUUAUUAUCAGCAAGACCUGGUGGUAGUAAUUUAGUACAUUUAGAUUCAACAGCACGUGGUUUAGGUUUACCAGCAUUACCAACACUUGGUGCACGUAGACAAAAAGCAUUGGAACAAGAAAUUGAUCAAAAUUUAUCAGAAACAUGUGACAAUAUUGAACCAAGUACAUCACCAAUAACAAAAGAUAAUAAUAAUAAUAAAUUUACAUUUAAUGAAACAAAUUUUAAUGAUAUUACUACAACAAAUACAAGAUUAAAAACAUCAUAUCAACGUAAUAAAUUUAAUAAUAAUAAUAGUAAUAAUAAUGGUGUAUCACGUAGUGAAUCAAGAGAAUCAAUGAAAUCAAUAACAAGUACACAUUCUGAUACAAUAUUUGAACGUGUACAUAGACAUGUUACUGGUGCUUGUAUUAAUCCAAAUGAUAUAUUUAUUAAACAACAAUCAUCAUCACUACAUUCAGCUGUUGAUUUUAAUCAAACAUUUAAAACAGAUUAUCAAAAUAAAACAAGUCAAAUUGAAAAAAAUUAUGCAUUAAAAUAUAAUAAUACAACAAAUCCAAAUGAUAUUAUAAGACCAACUGAAUUAGGAAUAAAUAUACUUGAUAUUGGUGAAAUAAGAUGUACAAGUUCAACAAUGUCAUGGGCUGCUGGUCCAAAUCAACAAUCAAUAUCACCAUUAUUAAGAUCUUCAAUUGAUGAUAAAUCAUUGACAACAUCAUCAAAUAAUAUUAAUUUACUUGAUGAAGAACAAAUUAUUGAUGAAAGUUUUGAUAAACAUUUAAAAAGUCCAUCGACGUCAUCAACAGCAACAACAACAUUUAAAUCAAUUAAAAAUACAAAAAUUAAUUCACCAACAUUGAGUAGUCAUGCAUCUGAAAUUGAUCCAUUUAGUGAUUAUGCUGAAACUGAUUUGGAUCAACCAACAAAUUAUAGUCUUCGUUAUGCUGAAAAAAAUUCUGAUGAAGAUGAAAAACAAAGUUCUGGAUAUUUUGCUGGUAGUGAACAAGAUAUUGAGGAUACAGUUAAAACAUAUUAUACAGAAGGUACACCAUAUGAAAAUUCAUUAAAUUCAUCAAGAGCAACAUCACAUUCUGAUCUUCAAGAUGACACUAAAAAUACUAAACUUAUUGAUAAACUAAAUGCUGAUGAACGUGGUAUUAUAACACGUAUGAAAGAGUUGAAUAUUUAUGAAAGAAAAACAUCAUCAUCAUCCUCAUCAUCAUCAAAACGUAAUAGUUAUAUUGAUAAAACUGAAAAUCCAAUAUUAAAUUCAUCAUUAAAACGUUUAAGUUUACCACCAAAUCCUAUAGAUAUUAAUUCAGAUAUUGAUUCUGGUAUUGAUGGUAUAAAUACAAAUUAUAAAAAAAUAAAUAAAAAUUUUGAUGAUCACGUUGUUGUUGAAUCAACAACAGUAAGAUUAAAUUCACUUGGUAAUAUUAUUAACAAUGAUGAAAGUAAAAUAAUAAAUGAUUGUAAAUUAAGAGAAAGAGAAAUUAAAUUAUCAAAAAAACAACUAAUUGGUACAAUUGAACCUGAAAGUUUAACUGAAUCAUUGGCAAGUGAUGCUGAUGAUAAUGAAGAUGAUGAAGAUUUAUUAGCUGCUUGUAUUCAUGUUGGAAUGCAAAAUAAUCGUCAUAAUCAAUCAUUUUCACGUAAUAGUUUAGAGACAAUAAAUAACAGUGGUCAUUUGACACGUUAUGAAACAAGUACUGAACUUAAUCAAGUUGAAGAAAAAACAAAUAAUCCAUCAAAGCUAUUUAAUAUGAAAUUAAAUUCAGAUGAUGAUUUAACAUUAAUUAAUAAUAAUAAUACUAUAGAUUUAAAUACAACAAAUGAAGAUUCUUCAGUAAAUUCAAUUGAAGAAAAUGACAUGCAUCCAACUGGUGAAUGUGCUGAAAGUAUGGAGUCAUAUGAUUCUGUUGAAAGAUCAGAACAAGUACUUUUAGAACUUUGUAUUAAAAAAAUGUCAAAUGAUAAAUCAAGUCAAGAUAUAAUUGAUGGAAAAAAUGAUAAUAAUAAUAUUAGUCAAGAAGAUGCAAAUAAUUGUGAAGAAUAUCGUCGUCAACGUGAUCCAGAUGCAAUGAUUGCAUGUUUAGAUCGUUUAACAGCAACUUUAGUACAAGAAACAGAAGCAAUGAGAGAAAAAGAAUUAUCAACAAUGAAACAAAGUACAAUGAGUGAUAAAAUUGAUACAUGGAAUGAAGAUUCACCAAAUGACAAUUCAUUUCCAACAAUAACAAUGUCAGCUCCAUUUGUUGGAUCAUUUAAAAGUGAUGAAAAUCCAGGUACAUUACAAAGUUUAUCAUCAGAAGAAAGUCCUAUACCAGCAAGAAAAAAUAAUAUUAAUUUAAAUAAUGAAAUGAUGACAACAUCUAAAAUUAUUGAACAAGAAGCAUUUAAAUUAGCUGAAGCAGUUAAUGCUGAAUAUGGUGAAAUAAGUAUUCCUUGUAAUGAUUUAGAAUCAAUAAAACCACCAUCAACAAUGGGUAGUGCUGGAUCUCUUGUAACAAGUUAUACAGCUCCAGAAAAUUGUGAUAAUAAUUCAAUGAUAAAUAAUGAACGUUGUUAUUCAACUUCACUUCCAUCUGGACUUGUUAAAAAUAGCAGAAAAAAAUCGCUACCAAUUGGAAUUGUUGCUAAAAGAGCACUUGGACAAACAUCAAAUACAAUACACAGUAUAAGUCUUGAAAAUUUAUUAAAUGACACAUCAAGUAUAUCACAAUUGGAAAAUGUUAAACCACCAUCAAUGAUGGAAGAUUUAUUGACAUUGGAUAGUGUUGGUGAUAUGGAAAAUAGUAUGUUGAGUGUUGCUAGUAUAACAUCUGAAAUUGCUGAUUUAAAAUAUGGUAAUACAAAUGAUUGUUCAUUUGAUAUCGUUAAACCAAUUGCAAAUACAUUAUCAAUGACAUGUAAAAGAUAUGCUGAGGGUAGUGCUGGUAAUAGUUUAUCUGAAUAUCUUGAAAAUAUUAAUCCACCAAGUUUAUUAAAUGAAGUUAGUGAAAUUGAUGAUACAACUGUUGAUGCAAAUACAGAUACAAUGUGUAGUGAUACAUUGUGUAUGGAUAUUGAAUUAUUGAGUGAAGAACUUGGUGUAACACAUACAAUUUAUUCACAUAAAAUUGAUGAAAAUGAUAAUGAUACUGAUGGUGCAACAACACCAAUACCAACUGAAUAUAGUCUGAGUAGUUCAGCUGAAUCAACACCUAAAAAACGUCAUCAUAAAAAUCAUUUAACACCAAAACAAAAAAGACAACUAGCUAAAGAAAGAUAUAAAACAUAUACGAUUGCUGCUGAGUUAGUUAAAAAAGAAGAAGAAGAAAGAAAAAAAUUAAAUGUUAAUGGUAAAUUAUCAUUUACAAAAUUAACACCUAAACAAAAAAGACAAGAAGAUCGUGCACGUUUUCAAACUCAAGUACUUGAUAAUCCAUUGAAAAAUAUUAUUACAAAUUUAGCUCAACAAGAGACAAAAGAAGAAGAAAAUAAUAAUGAAGAAGAAGAAGAUAAAAAUAGUAGUGAGUUUGAUAUUAAAAAAAAUGAUACAACAGAUAAAUCACAGUCAUUGAUGAAAUCUGGAAUUCCAUCAUUCAAAGGAUUAACAGGAACAUUUAAUAAAAAAAAAACACGUGUUGAAAAUAAAGAUCGUUAUCAAACAAAAAUAUUAAAUGAAUCAAGUAAUUCAAAUGACAUUACAACAUCAUCUGAAGAAGUACAAACAAUGCUUGAAAAAAAUUCAAAUAUUGUUAAUGAAAAAACAAUAACAACAACAAAUACAGAUAAAUAUUCAACAUAUGUAAGAAAAAGUCAUCAAGAAAUUGAAAAUAAUGUUUAUGAUAAUGAGGAUGAUGAUGAUAAUAGUAAUGAUGUUGAAUUACAAAAAAAAGAUAAAACUCUUACACAACAAGAUAUUUAUGAAAAUGAUAAUGAUGAAGAUGAGGAUGAUGUUAAUGCAAAUAGUGAUUCAGAAGAUGAAAUAAUUGAAGUUGAAGUUAUUGAGGAACAACAGCCAAAAAAACCAAAAAUAAUAAAACCAAGUGGCUCAAUGAGUCGUGAUCCAUCAGUUGAUUCAAGUAAUCCAGAACCACCAAGUCCAAAAGGCAUUAGAGGCAGAAGAAAAGCUCUAUAUUCAACUCCAAAUACUCGUAAAUCAACACCACAAUCAUCACCAAUUAAAAAAGUUAUAUCAAGCAUUCCAAUUGGACGUAGCAAUACAACACCAUUAGUAAGAGCAACACGUGCUACAACACUUAGACAAAAUAAUAAUACCAACAACAAUAAUUUAGCAACAACAACAACAACAAAAGAUAAUUUAUUACAAAAAACAAAUUACAUUGCAAGAAAUGUUGAAUUAUCAAAGAGAAGUUCAAUACCUCAACGUGGAACAAGUUAUUCAACAACACCAACAGCAACAACUGGUAAACAAUCAAUAAAACGUCACAGUACACCACCAGGUUGUCAAUCACAAGAUAAAAAAAAACCAGAUGUGCCAAAACCACUUGAAAGACAAGGUACAUUUACAAAAGAUGAACCAGAAAUGGAUAAUCCACCAAUUGUAUCAGCAAAUUCAUCACCAAUAAAAAUAUCUAAAAUAGGUAAAUUACAAAUAUCAUCACCAAGUAAAUUAAAUACAAUAUUUAAAUCAAAAAUUAAAAAUAAUAAUUAUCAAACAAAAUUAUCAAAAUGUGCAAGUGCUGAGGGUAUACCAAGUAAACGUUUAUCAAUUGGUGAAACAUCUAAAAUAAUAUAUAAUGAAAAUGAUAAAAAACCAAUACUUGUUAAACGUUCAAAUACAAAUUUAAAUUUAAAUACACAAUCAUCAUUAUUAAAUCCAAGUGGAUCAAAAAAAAAUCAAAAAGAUCCAACAAGUAAAAUUAAAAGUUUAUGGAAAAAAGUUGAAGAAAAUAAAUUUAAACAAAAAUAUGAAAAACCAGAUAAACGACAAUGGAUUACAAAAGAACAUUGUAAUACUAAAAGUGCUGAUGAUGAUGAUGAUAAUAAUAAUAAUAUAACAGAAACAAAAAAUUCAACUUAUCGUUUAUUUAGAAGUUCAACAUUUGAGGGUGUGCCAAAACAAUCAAAUUUAUUAAAAAAUAAAACUAAAAUAACUGAUAAAUUAACUGAAGUAUCAAUUGAUGAUGAUAAAAGUAUUUCAUCUGGUGUUAAUAAUGACAGUAAAAUACCAAAAUUUGGUGAUACUUGUAAAGGUAAAAAAAAACAAAGUGGAUAUGAUACUGUUGUGCUGAGAAAACAAAAAAGUAUUGAUUCAACAGAUGGUGAUUUAACCAAAAGAAUAUCACGACUUGGAUCAUUCAUCAGGGUUGAUCCUGAUAAUCCAGAAAAUGGAUUAAAAAUUAUAAACAACAACACAACGCAAAAUUAUCAUCAAACAAUUGACAUUGAUACUGAAACAAUUGUCACGUCAUCCUCAAAAGUCACAACUGUUUAAAUAAAUAUUUAUUUAAAAUAAAAAAAAAUCCAUAUUAAUAAUAUUAUUAUUAAUCAAACUAAUGAUAAUCGAUUCAUAUAAAUUAUAUAAAAAUUGUCGCAUUUAUUUAUCAUUUUGGACUAGUCACAAAUAAUAAUAAUAUUAUGUCGUUCUGCAUUUUAAAAUUAUAUUUAUCAUUAUUAAUUAUUUUUCUUCUUUAUAAAAGUUUCUAGCUAUUAUUUAUUUAUUUUUUUUCAUUAUUUUUAUUCGUUGUUUUGUGUGAGUGUGUUGUAAAUAUAAAAAAAAAAAGACAACUGCUGGAUAAUAAUAGAUUUGAAAAAAAAAAAAAAAAAGCUUGAUAGGUACAAACAACAGGUAAUAUUUAAAAAAAAUAUUACUUGAUUUAUCAUAAUAAUAAUCCUAAUAGAAAUUAUUAUUUAUUUGCAAACACUGUAUAUAAGGUAUGAGCCUUUGAAUGUUUUUUGUUUUUUUUUUUAGUUUGUAUUUUUGAUUAAUUGUGAUUUUAAAGAGCAGAACAACAAGAUAAUAAAAAUAUAUAUAAUUUAAUAUAUAAUAAUCGCAAAU